CAUUACAUAUAUCAAAUACUGAACUGAAAUACGUUGGAAAAACGGAUAAAAUGGAGGGCGAAUCGGCAGAAUCCACUCAUAAUACCAAAGUAUCUGACUCAGCAUACUCGAACAGUUGCAGCAACAGUCAAUCUCAACGCAGUGGUAGCUCCAAGUCGCGUCUAAGCGGCAGUCAUUCAUCGGGUAGCAGUGGAUAUGGAGGGAAACCAUCGACCCAGGCCAGCAGCAGUGACAUGAUCAUUAAACGCAAUAAGGAGAAAUCGCGCAAGAAAAAGAAGCCAAAAUGCAUAGCUCUGGCUACAGCAACAACAGUCUCAUUGGAGGGCACCGAAGAGUCGCCAUUGCCAGCAAAUGGUGGCUGUGAAAAAGUACUACAAGAACUCCAGGAUACCCAGCAACUUGGCGAGCCUCUGGUGGUCACCGAAACGCAAUUAAGUGAACAGCUUUUAGAGACAGAGCAAAAUGAGGAUCAAAACAAAUCGGAGCAACUUGCUCAGUUUCCUCUACCAACACCGAUUGUAACCACUCUUUCGCCGGGCAUUGGACCGGGUCAUGACUGUGUGGGUGGAGCUAGUGGUGGCGCUGUUGCCGGUGGCUGUUCAGUUGUUGGUGCUGGCACCGACAAAACAAGUGAGCUCAUUCCAGGCAAAUUGGAAUCGGCUGGCACUAAGCCGAGCCAGGAGCGACCCAAAGAGGAGAGCUUUUGUUGUGUCAUCUCCAUGCACGAUGGCAUAGUGCUCUACACAACGCCAAGUAUAUCAGACGUUUUGGGAUUCCCGCGCGACAUGUGGCUAGGGCGAUCCUUUAUUGACUUUGUGCACCACAAGGAUCGUGCCACAUUUGCCAGCCAAAUAACAACGGGCAUUCCGAUCGCAGAAUCACGUGGAUGCAUGCCCAAAGAUGCCCGCAGCACCUUCUGUGUAAUGUUGCGUCGCUAUCGGGGCCUAAAUUCGGGAGGAUUUGGUGUUAUUGGCCGAGCGGUUAACUAUGAACCAUUCCGUCUGGGACUGACAUUCCGUGAAGCUCCCGAAGAGGCUCGCCCCGACAACUAUAUGGUCUCGAAUGGCACCAAUAUGCUAUUGGUCAUAUGUGCCACACCCAUUAAGAGUAGUUACAAAGUUCCCGAUGAAAUUCUCUCACAAAAGAGCCCGAAAUUUGCUAUACGUCACACGGCCACUGGCAUCAUAUCCCAUGUGGAUAGUGCAGCGGUUAGUGCAUUGGGUUAUCUACCGCAAGAUCUUAUUGGGCGAUCCAUAAUGGAUUUCUAUCAUCACGAGGACUUACCGGUCAUGAAGGAUACCUAUGAGACGGUGAUGAAAAAGGGACAAACAGCGGGAGCAUCAUUUUGCAGCAAACCAUAUCGUUUCCUCAUCCAGAACGGUUGCUUUGUCCUGUUGGAAACCGAAUGGACGAGCUUUGUGAAUCCCUGGUCGCGUAAGCUAGAAUUUGUGGUGGGCCAUCAUCGUGUCUUUCAGGGUCCAAAGCUAUGCAAUGUCUUUGAGACAUCUGUGAGUGCCAAACCAAAGAUCUCGGAGGAGGCACAGAAUCGGAAUGCCCGCAUUAAGGAGGAUAUUGUCAAAUUGUUGGCGGAAACUGUAUCACGACCCUCGGACACCGUUAAGCAGGAGGUGUCGCGACGCUGUCAGGCAUUGGCCAACUUCAUGGAAACACUAAUGGACGAGGUUACACGGGCCGAUCUCAAGCUGGACCUACCGCACGAGAAUGAAUUGACGGUGUCCGAGAGGGAUAGUGUGAUGUUGGGUGAAAUUUCGCCACAUCACGACUACUAUGACAGUAAGAGUUCCACUGAGACGCCACCCAGCUACAAUCAACUAAACUAUAACGAGAACCUGCUGCGUUUUUUCAACAGCAAGCCUGUCACCGCGCCCGUGGAGCUCGAUCCGCCGAAAGUGGAGUCCUCCUAUGUGAGCAGUGCCCGCGGGGAGGAUGCGCGAAGCACUCUCAGUCCGGUGCAAGGUUUUGAGGGCAGCGGCGGCAGUGGAUCGUCGGGAAAUUUUACCACUGGCAGCAAUUUACACAUGAGCAGUGUGACCAAUACCAGUAAUGCCGGCACUGGCACAUCCGGCACCGGAAAUUCUGGAGACGGUGGCGGUGGUGGCGGCGCCGAUGGCACCGGGAGUGGAGCCGCACCGCCCGUUACUCUUACCGAAUCGCUGCUAAAUAAGCACAACGAUGAGAUGGAAAAGUUUAUGCUAAAGAAGCAUCGCGAAUCGCGUGGCCGGAGUGGCGACAAGAAUAAGAAAUCGGCCAACGAAGCUAUGAAAAUGUUGGAGUAUAGUGGUCCGGGUCCCGGGCAUGGGCAUGGCAUAAAACGCGGCGGUUCCCAUUCAUGGGAGGGUGAGGCCAAUAAGCCCAAACAACAGCUGACCCUUAACACUGGUGGAGGUGGUGGUGGUGGAGGUGGUGGUGGUGGUGGUGGUGGUUUGCCUUUAUUUCUGGAUGUCACACAUACAUCAUCUGCGUCCCAGAAUAAAGGUCCGACCGGUGUUGCUGCAGGCGGUGCAGGAGGCGGUGUAGGCGGUGGUGGUGGCAGUUGUAGCGGCCUUGGUGGCAAUGGAAAUGUUGGCAGUGGCAAUGGUAACAACAGCCAACCAUCGACUAACCAAUACACACAGAGUGGAUUACCCUGCACCCAGAAUAUCAAUCUAUGGCCACCGUUCUCAGUGGGUAUUACGACACCCACAUCCGUCCUCUCUAGUCACACGGCCGUUCCCCCGAGUAGUUUCUCGCCGCAGCACAGUCUGUUUCCCACCUUCUAUUACAUACCCGCCUCCAUAGCAGCCUCCUCGCCAUCAAGCACAAACACCAAUCCCAAUCGACCGCACAAGCAUGCCCAUGUCCACAGUAGUUCCGAAAAACCGAGCACCUCACAGGCGGCAGCCGCUACCAUGCCGCUGCAGUACAUGACCGGCGUAAUGUAUCCCCAUCCCUCACUAUUCUACACACAUCCGGCGGCGGCAGCAGCCACGGCUAUGGUAUACCAGCCGGUACCCUUUGCAGGAGUUGCCAAUCCCAUGCAAUUGCCGGAGCAGGCAAGCAAGAAUGUCUAUACAACCCAACCGGUUAUGGUGGCACCUCCAACGGCGACGAACAAGACCCAAGGAGCCUUCCAUUCAAUCACUCCCGCCCCACUGCAACGUCCCUCAUCGCAAGCCACAUCGGUGAAAGCGGAAACGGGAUCAAAUGUCGCUCCUUCGGAUACAUCCAAGAAGGAAGUACCCGAUUCACCCAUUACCCCCACCAUGGGUGACUUUACAUUAGAUCAGCCCUGCAACAAUAAUGCCACGACCCUAAAGAAAUAUACCGACAGUAAUGGUAAUAGUGAUGAUAUGGACGGUUCCAGUUUCUCAUCGUUCUACUCAUCGUUUAUAAAGACGACAGAUGGAUCAGAGAGUCCACCGGAAAAUGAUAAAGAUGCCAAGCAUCGCAAAUUAAAAUCCCUAGAUCAGUCAGAUAAUAAGAUUGUCGAACAUCCCGAAGAGGAUCAAACCCAGCAUGGACAUGGAUAGCAAACACCUCACUUGCUGCUGACAGAUGUGAACAAUCAGGUCCAUAAUGUCAUGGAAGAUGACAUUCGAUAAGAUCGGAUUGCCUCACCUUAGCAACCAACUGGAACCAGAGCAUUGUAUCUGUGACCGUACAAACCAACAAAAACAACUUAUCGGACUUUGGAGACAUGCAACUUCUGCCAAAAAAAAAAAAAAACAAUACUAAAUCUAAUUUGU